UAACAAAAGUCUGCGGCCGAGGCUCCCUUCCCUCCCGCCCCGGGCAACAAGUGGCUGGCGGCGGCCUCCCGGGGGAGGCGGCGGCAGCGGCAGGGCUGCGAGGAGGAGGAGGAAGGCGGAGCGGCGCUGAAGCAUCGGAGGAGCCGAGCGCCAGCCGCGGGGCGGCGGAGCCAGCACCCGGAGGCCGUCCCGCCCGUCCUGCUUGUGGAUUAUAACUGGAGCCGCCUUCCUGGCCCGGACACCCCGGCUGGAAACCGGGGCGGGGUGGGCGCACCGAUACAUCGCAUUUUUGAUUCUUUCUCUUUUAAAGUUUUGUUGUUGUUGGGGUUUUUUUAUUUGUUUGGUUGUUUUGGUUUUUGGUUUUUUUUUGUGAGGUGGGGAAGGGAGGGUGUCGGCCACCCCAGAAGAAGCGGAGGAAAUUGCAAGGCUGCUUUGGACAUGUCGCCGUGAACACUUUUGGAGGCUCUUCCCCCGGCGCUGCCCCAGAGCUGCACUCCCUCAGCCGCUCGGCGCCCCGCGGUAGAGAUGCUGAGCGGCGGCGUGGGAAAGAGGCGACGAGCAUGAAGGCGGCAGGAUGGGCGCGAACAAUGGCAAGCAGUACGGCAGCGAGGGCAAGGGCAGCUCAAGCAUCUCAUCCGACGUGAGUUCAAGUACGGAUCACACACCCACCAAAGCCCAGAAGAAUGCAGCUACCAGUGAAGAUUCCGACCUGAGCAUGCGAACACUCAGCACACCCAGUCCAGCAUUAAUAUUUCCGCCGAAUUCCCCUGGGUUCCAAAAUGGCAGAGGUUCGUCGACGUCCUCGUCCUCAGUCACUGGGGAAACCGUUGCCAUGGUCCAUUCGCCGCCUCCCACGCGCCUCACCCAUCCUCUCAUCCGGCUGGCAUCCAAGCACCAGAAGGAGCAGGCCAACAUAGACCGGCUGCCCGACCACGCCAUGAUCCAGAUCUUCUCCUUCCUGCCCACCAACCAGCUGUGCCGCUGCGCCCGCGUGUGCCGCCGCUGGUACAACCUGGCCUGGGACCCGCGGCUCUGGAGGACAAUUCGCCUCACUGGCGAGACAAUCAACGUAGACAGGGCUCUCAAAGUGCUGACCCGGAGGCUUUGUCAGGAUACUCCCAACGUCUGUCUCAUGUUGGAGACGGUAAUUGUUAGUGGCUGCAGGCGGCUCACAGACAGAGGACUCUACACCAUUGCCCAGUGCUGUCCUGAACUGCGGAGGCUGGAGGUGUCUGGCUGUUACAACAUCUCCAAUGAGGCAGUCUUCGAUGUCGUGUCACUGUGCCCAAACCUGGAACACCUGGAUGUGUCAGGCUGCUCCAAAGUAACGUGCAUCAGUCUGACUCGCGAAGCCUCCAUCAAGCUGUCUCCCCUGCACGGGAAGCAAAUCUCCAUCCGCUACUUGGACAUGACAGACUGCUUCGUCCUGGAGGACGAAGGACUGCACACCAUAGCCGCCCACUGCACUCAGCUGACCCACCUGUACCUGCGCCGCUGCGUGCGCAUCACCGACGAGGGUCUGCGCUACCUGAUGAUUUACUGCACAUCCAUCAAGGAACUGAGCGUGAGCGACUGCCGCUUCGUCAGCGACUUCGGCAUGCGCGAGAUCGCCAAGCUGGAGUCGCGUCUCCGCUACCUGAGCAUCGCUCACUGCGGCCGCAUCACGGACGUGGGCAUCCGAUACAUAGCCAAGUACUGCAGCAAGCUGCGCUACCUCAACGCGCGGGGCUGCGAGGGCAUCACGGACCACGGCGUGGAGUACCUCGCCAAAAAUUGCACAAAACUCAAAUCGCUAGACAUCGGCAAGUGCCCUCUGGUCUCAGACACCGGCCUGGAGUUUCUAGCCCUCAACUGCUUCAACCUAAAGCGCCUGAGCCUGAAAUCCUGCGAGAGCAUCACUGGGCAGGGCCUGCAGAUUGUAGCUGCCAACUGUUUUGACCUGCAGAUGUUGAACGUGCAGGACUGCGAAGUCUCUGUGGAUGCUCUGCGAUUCGUUAAGCGACAUUGCAAGCGCUGUAUUAUAGAGCACACCAACCCUGCUUUCUUCUGAAGGGACACCCCACACCUGUCGUUGCAAUGCAGUAUUAAAAACACUGAUGUAUAAACACACGCUCCCAUAAUCAGUUAUGCUGUCUUUUCUGUCGCUCACGGGAGUCAGUUUUUCUUCUACUUUAUGGGUGAGGGGUUUUCUAGAAGACUAUUUUGUUUGCUUUUUGUAUGAUCACUUUUUAAGGUGCCGUGGGUCUCUGCAGAGAGGCUGCCUUAAUGCAAAAGCAGUGAGAGCUCAGCGUCCCCGGUGGGGCGUCAUUUCCAUAAGAGCCAUGAUCUUGUCCCAGGCUACAGUAGCUGCUUCCAAAGGAAAUAGCACAUAAUCCCUCCUUCGGAAAUGCUACUAAGCUGUGUCAAAUACAUCUGAAGUCUAGCUGUGCUCAUGAAGCUGACUAUGCAAUAUUGUGUCUGUGUUCCCCAACUUUUUCCAAUAUGGCUGAUAGCCAUCCAUUGUAAUCCCUCAGGAAAUACUGGGUAGUGUUCUUAAACAUACUUAUUCGAAGCAGAGUAAGACCUGCUGGCCAUUGCUGAGCACUUCUGUGGAGUGAACCUGGAGAUUGUGCC